AUGCCUUUCAAAUCCAGUCAAGCUGGACGAAAAGGGUCCGAUAGAAAACCGAUACAGAAAGACGCCGUCAUUGAGACCGCAGACCAAGACCAAGCACCGGGCGCUUCUACCAUCGAUAGGGAGAUUCUGGAAAGGAUUCAAAAAUGCCUCGAUCGAGCUCAUCACGCCAACUUGUCCGAGUUGGAAGCAAAGGCUGCCUGCCCUAUUCGUCUCCCAAAAACUUAUGAGCCAACACAAUGUGACACAAGCGGAUCUUUUGGCCAGCGACGGAAGCAACAGCAAGGCUUCGUUUGGCGGACACAGCAAGGUCCGUAUCACAAAGACCGGUGGCUCAGAUAA